AUGGCUAGCGUUAUUUUCAAGUCUAUAAUUCGCUCCAGCGUGCCAAGUCUUGGAGCCAGUGGCGGAGUUUGUGCUGUGCUUGGUGCCUUUUCCGGCCUUUACCCAGACACUGGGGUAUGCGUACCUUUCAUUGUUCAUCUGGUACCACAUAGUUUCCGUGCUGAGAGCGUGGUCAACUUACUGAUAGGUGUAGAGGCAACAGCCCUUUUGCUGUUCGCUCGCCGCAGUCCAAUUGAUCACGCUGCCCAUUUGGCUGGCAUGUUAUUUGGCAGGUCUGUCCCUUGA